AUGGGAUCAUCAGCUAAUAUCCCUGUUGUUGAGCUUCUUGCUCUGCUUAUUCUACUUCAAAGCUUUUUAUUCUGCUGCAGUGGAACUAAUUUCCAUGGAAGCUGUAUCAAUAUUGAAAGAGAAACUCUUCUCAGGUUCAAGUCAAGCCUGGCCAACAGUUCAAACACAUUGCCUUCAUGGGUGGGAGAUAACUGCUGCAGAUGGGAAGGAGUUUCUUGCGACAACACAACCGGUCAUGUCGUUGAGCUCGACCUUUUUAUGCGCGGACUCGAGGGAAAGGUUUCCCUUCAUCUUGGCAACCUUUCAAACUUGCAGCAUCUUGAGCUUGGUUCCAAUGGAUUGGCAUUCGACACCCUCUAUUUUCCAUCUUCUUUGAAAUACUUAGACUUGGACGGCGUGCCCCUCAACAAGUGUGCCAAUUGGUUGCAGUCAAUAAACAUGCUUCCUUCUCUACUGGAAUUAUAUUUAUCUUUUUGUGAGCUUUCCAUCACAGGUCAUGUUUCCCAUGUCAAUCUUACAUCUCUUGAGGUUCUCAAUCUUAGAGGGAACAACUUCAAUUCCACAAUCCCCAGCUGGUUAUUUAAUAUUACCAACCUUCAGCAUCUUGAUCUGAGUUACAGUGCUUUCGGAGGCUCUCUUUCAACUCAGAUUGGUAAUCUUAAUUCUCUUUCUUUCCUUGAUCUGUCUUAUAAUUCUCUGGAAGGUAAUAUACCCAAAACGUUGAACAAGCUUUGCAAUUUGAGUGAGCUACACUUGGAAACCAACAAGUUCAGCGGUGAGAUAUCUGGACCAUUUGGCAACUCAUCCAGUUGCAUCCACAACAGUUUGGAGCAUCUGUAUCUUUCCAAUAAUUCAUUUUCUGGCAGUCUUCCAAAUAACUUGGGAGAGUUUAAACGCCUGAAAGUUCUUCAACUUUCUCACAACUUUUUCUGCGGCUCAAUUCCUGUAUCAAUUGGACAUCUUUGCAACCUACAAACACUAAAUUUCAGUCAGAAUUCAUUGCAUGGGGAAGUUACUGAACUUCACUUGUCAAAACUUGGAGCUUUGUCUGAGCUGGUUAUGAGUGGGAAUUCUUUAGUUUUUGAUAUUGAUGCCAAAUGGAUACCUCCUUUUCAACUUUACUGGAUUGACUUAUCUUCUUGCAAACUAGGGCCUCGGUUUCCACAGUGGCUCAAAACACAGAAGAGAAUUGUAUAUUUAGUGAUGUCCAAUGCAAGCAUCUCAGAUAGCAUCCCUGAUUGGUUUGAAAACAUUUCUUCCACUAUUGAAGGACUGGAUCUAUCUUAUAAUAAGCUCUUUGGAAGCUUGCUAAAUUUAAGAAAAGUAGACACACUUGGUGAUAGGUUCAUAUCACUGAAAUUUAACAAGUUUGAUUCUUUAGCCAAUUUUCAUACUAAUGCAAGCAUAUUGGAUCUCUCCAACAACUUGCUUCAUGGCCAGAUUUUCCCAGGAAUAUCAGCAAAAUGA